AUGCCGGACCCGGCGCUGGACAGGCGGUACGUGCUGCGCCUGAAGAGCAAGUGCAGGCCCGGCGACACGACGGCGCUGGUGGAGAUGGACCCGGGGAGCUUCCGGACGUUCGACGCGAGCUACUACCGUCACGUCGCCAGGGGGAGGGCGCUCUUCACCUCGGACGAGACGCUCAUGCUGGACCCCUUCACCCGGGACUACGUCCUGCGCCAGGCGUCCGUCGCCGCUGCGGGCGGCUACCCGGCGGAGUUCUUCGCGGACUUCGUGGCGUCCAUGGUGAAGAUGGGGAACAUGCAGGUGCUCACCGGCGCGCAGGGGGAGGUCAGGCGGCGCUGCGGUGCAGUGAACCCGAUGGGCAUGUAG